UCACACUCACAUUUCGUCCGUCCGCACAGAGAUUGAGAGAGACACAGAGGGGGGAGGGCAGAGUUUGAGGGAAAAGGCUGUGUGUUGGAGGCUAAAUCAUUUACAACAGAAUCACCUCCAACCAAAGCCCACACACCCCCCUCAAACCAGAAUACUCUCUGACGCCUUCACUUGUGUGUCGAUUCUUUUUCUCUUCACAAAAGGGGUUUGGCGGAGGGAUUUAUGUCUUUUGAGCUCCAUCUGUCCUCUGGAGCGUUGAAGCACCUCUGCUUUUCUUGUUCGUCUCUGUUCUUCACCCUUCACAUGCAAUUGGAUUCUCAACAAAAUCACAGCUUUCGAUCCUUUUUCAUGCAAUCAACAUCAAAUCGGGUCGUGGGUUUUCAUCGACAUUAAAGAUAGCGUAAAACUUUUCACCCUCUCAAAGUAUCAUUCGUAGAACAAGUUUUGGCUUCGUUUAUUUGUUCAUUAUAGUUAAAGAAUUGAACCCCAAAAUGGGCGGAUUCCGAAGGCAGUUCGUAAGCCGAGAUAUAUAUGGUAACGAUGAUAAGAAAAUGAAGCAACCAAAACAAGAAAAAUCCAAUUCCGUGAGGAAAAUUCGUGUCCUGUUACACGAUCCUGAUGCUACCGACUACUCGAGUGAAGAAGAUGAACAUUUCAAUCAAAACGCUAAAAACAUAGUUUGGGAGAUACCCUUUCCAGGUAUCAGCCGUAACCCAUCCAAGGAGGCCUCACACAAACAAAAUGCUGAUGCCGAUGCUGAUGCGGAUGCUGCAAAAUUCAAAACCAAGGCUGAUGUAAAAGAAAGCAGUGGAAAAACACAGCGAUCGUCGUCGAUGUAUAAAGGCGUUCGACGAAGAAAAUGGGGGAAAUAUGCAGCCGAGAUUCGAGAUCCUAUUCAUCGACGAAGAUUGUGGCUCGGUACUUACAACACUGCAGAAGAAGCUGCUAUUGCUUAUCAGACAAAGAAGCACGAGUUCGAAAGUAUGCAAACCAUGGAGAAGAACAACAGUGAGCUCGGUGGAGAGAAGAAGAUCAGAUCACUCGUUGUCGACACCGCUGAAUCUAAAGAAACUAUGUCUAUGUUUUCGCAUCCUUCACCAUCAUCUGUUCUUGAUCUAUCUGCUGGAAGCUCAUGCAGCAAUGGACUCAAGAGUGUAAAACAAUUCAAUGUGGAUCAAACAAUGGAAGAACAUUCAGUCACUGAUGAAUGUAUGGUUAUGCUAGAUGGAGUAGAAGACAUGCUGGAAUCCAUCUAUAAAGAUGAGCCGUCCAUUUCAGACAUCCUGGACGAGACGCCGAUGCCGAUACUUCCAUUUGAUUCGCGGGAAUUGGAUUUUCAAGUUUUCGACGACAAUGUGUUGAUCUGCAGCGAUUUUGAUCGGUUAUAUAACGAUAUGAACUAUGUAGAGGAUUGUACUCUAUACGACAUUGAAAGCAGUCUCGGGGCGCUCGAUCUUCCUCCAAUGGAGAUAGAAUUCGACAAGGAGUUUUCAUGGUUCGACGAGACGUUGAGUAUAUCGUGCAUGUAAGUUUUGCAGGUAGAAGAGGAGAUAGUAGUGUCAAAAGCACAGUAAAUAAAAGCAUCGUGAGGGUGCAAUCUGCGAUAAAUGUAUGGAAGAGGGAGAGAAUUCUUGGGUUUUUCUCUGGGCUUUAGAGCCGUCCAAGAUUGUUUUUUUCAACUCUCAUUUGUAUUGCUAAGCUAUAUGAUUAAUUUGAAUGCAAGUUUUGCCUGCUUCUCUGCAUA